AUGGGGGUUCACCGGCUGAAGAAGCAGCACUCGGCGCCGUCGCUGGGCGGCAGCGGGUCCGGGUCCGGGUCCGGGUCGGCGUCGAUGCCGCCCAAGGGGUGCAUGGCGGUGCGCGUGGUGGGGCCCGCGGGCGGCUGCGGCGGCGGCGGCAAAGGCGGCCGGGAAGAGGAGGAGGAGGAGCGGUUCGUGGUGCCUGUGGGGUACCUGAAGCACCCGCUGUUCGUGGCGCUGCUCAAGGCGGCGGAGGAGGAGUACGGCUUCGAGCAGAAGGGCGCCAUCACCAUCCCCUGCGGCGUCGACCACUUCCGCCGCGUCCAGGGCAUCAUCCACCACCAGCGGCACAACCACCACCACCACGGCUCCAGCGGCGGCGGAGGAGGAGGAGGACACCAUGGCCACCACAGCAGCAACCACUUCCACAUCGCCGGCUGCUUCCGCGCCUGA